AUGGAAAGCCAUAACUCUGCUCCCCUCUACGUAAGUUCUGUCAUAACUGUUGUUUUUAACAGCAUAACCUGCCCGUUAACAUUUCUGCUAAACGUGCUUGUGAUUAUGGCUGUAAAGAAAACAUCAAGACUUCAGACGAAAACCAACAUGUUGCUGGCCUGUUUAGCAGUGACUGACGCAAGUACUGGUCUGUUGACACAACCUUUGUUCAUUGUGUGGAAAGCGUUUUAUUUACUCGAGGUACCAGACGAAGACGCUGUUGGAACUUUUUACUUCUCUGUUUCACGUGGUUUGACUAUCUGUUCAGCGCUUCAUCUGAUGUUGGUGACUUGCGAGAGACUGAUAGCCAUCAGAUUCACUUAUCAUCACCCUCAUCUUGUCACAGGGCGAAAUAUUAAGGUGGCAGUCAUCGUAUUUUGGCUUAUUUCUAUUUUUAAUAUAAUAGGCGGACGGCAAGAUUUUAUCUUCGAGGCUAUAAGAUCGCUUUUGAACUUUUCAGCCGUUCUUAUUGUCGUUUUUUGCGUUCUUUUCAUUGUCUUUGCCUACGCAAUUUUGUACCGUGAAGUACGUCGACAGCGAAAAAAUAUAAAAAUUCAACAGCUACCACAAGAAGAGCAACAAAGAAUUGCUAAAGAAAACAAAGCGCUUAAGACAACUGUGUUGGUAGUGGGUGCCGUUCUCGUAUGUUAUGUACCUGUUAUCUUGACAGUCUUGGUAUUUUAUUUGUUUGGACUUGACAGUGGAUCAUGCGUGUAUUGUCCAUGGGUUAGUACUUUUAUAAUGUUAAACUCAUUUAUCAACCCACUGAUUUACUGUUGGAGACAGAAAGAGAUGAGGCAAUAUGUCCUUAGCUAUAGAUUUUCUUGUACCACGGUUGUUGAACCCUUAGCUAGUGCUUAAGGAUCUGGAGAAUGCUGGUCCGUUUCCACCACGCGCACUGAUUAACUUUGACUCACUCACUUAGCUAGCCAGUUGUACUUUACAAUGUGUAAUCAUCUGGUAGAAUAUAGUAAAGACUAAAACUCUUUAUUUCUCAAAAUUGCGUUGCCUUUUUUUGGUAUAUAAAAAAAAGCAAACAACGCCAGUAAAGAUUUAAUUUAAUUUAAUUUAAUUUAAUUUUUUUGUAAUUUACAGUAAGUUAGUGUCCGCUCAAGGCCGGGUGGUUUGUUGACUGGUUCGUUUCGGGAAGAUCUUUCUACAUUUUCUGGAAACCGAACGAAUGACUGUGAGCUCAGAAUUUUAAAGGUAUUUUCAAGCGUCACAAAAAUGAUAUUUAUGCUGGUUUAAUUUUUUGCCCCUAUCCCCCGUGAAGUUGAACCUGUUUUUCUUCGAUAAACAUGCAUUUGGUUCGUGAUUGGUUCAUUUAAACUCCAUUUUCAUGAAACAAAACUCGCCACAUGUUGUCUUAUUUUCUCAGAUUUUUUUUUUAGAUAUUCUUACUAUUUUCAGUCCCCAUAUUAAAAAUUCGUACGUCUAAUUGACGCAGGUCAGCUUUCGGCAGCGUUCGACGCUGAUAUUUGUUCUCUUUCGCUUGAUCCCGAUCGUCAAACAGCUUAGCUCUAGUCUUUCUCUUCAUAAUUCAAAAUGCAUGUUGUAUGGGACAGCGCGUCUAACAUCUUCCAGCAACAUGCCAGGCCAGAUAAUUAUUGGGUUGUCUUUGCAGUGCCAAAAUGCAUGAGGGCCUUUUUGGGGGGUACUGCUACAUGACAGGUGCUGGUUAGUUUUAGGGGUUUUAAUAGGCCCGGCAUUUCCGAGUUGCUUCAAGUGACCUGUUUUAAGGCGAGGCUAAGUGCGAAGCCAUCGUGAAAAUGAUUUUUUAGUCUCCUGCAAAUAAAACUUAUUUUCACAAGAAAUGUUUGGCACUUUGCCUCGUUAUAAAAUUGAGAGUUUCACCAGCCUGCGUAGCUGUCAGGAUAAGCUAGCGAGUACCCCAAGCACAUCAAUCCCGCCAGCUACGUAUAGGCUAAUUAAUGGAACACGAAGAGGCCUAUUAGCUUUUAUAGAGUGCACGAAAAGAACACGUGGUGUGCGCGUUCUCGAAAUAUCUCCUUUUGCCUGAAAAACAAACAAAGAAACCAAACCAAAAAAAAAAACAAUAACAACAACAAAACCUGUGCCCGCUAUCUACUUUUGAUCUCAUAGUACAUUCAACCAUUAUUCAUCGGUGGAGAUCGUGGCACAUGUAUAAUACAAUGAAACCCCAUCUUCUGAACUGACUAAAAGGGUUAAAAGCUUCUCAGAUACGAAAAUGAUUGAGUGUUAUCGCGUAUGAUCCUAACUGGGGACGUUCGAAUAUGGAGUGAUAAUCGCCCGACUUAUCCACGUUUAUCCCCCCUUUUUUGAAAAAUGAGAAGAAGAAAUAGGCGCGAAUUCCUUUUUUAAUUGCUCACCGGCACACUGGUCCUUUUUUCCCAUGGAAACAAACUUAUAUUCAUUUAUUUAAAAUAUCACCCGUGCAUACAACUUUUCAAGAGCCACUGAAAUGUCAACUUCCCACUUAUUUCAGCUGUGGUUAACAAAAGCUUUUUUGUCUUUUCUUUCUCUUAUCAGUUGUUAGUUUUCAGCUACCGGCUAAAAGUCGGUCAUUAAAAAUUAACAUAGUUAUAUAUUAACAUAUAGCCGAAAUAAUAAAAACCACACCAACAGGCAAGUCUAGGCCAGGCAGCUUGAAUUGACUUAAAUAAAAUAAAGGGUUGAGUCAGGAAGAGAGUCAACUUUUGUGGCAUGUUUUCAAAGAUUCCUCUAGACAGGCUUAUGAUUAACAUAUUUGGUCAAACGUUUUCAAAACAUAACAUUUGCCAUUUUUGCAAUAUAAGUAUAUAAAAUAACUGAGUUGUUAACUUUUCCCGCUAUUAAUAUUCAUUCAAAAUAUUUUGCAGUUUCUGAUUGGCUCCAAUCUUCUGACUUAUUCUUCUCAACUAUAGCUUUUACCAUAUAUAUUUGGAAGAUGCGAGCAAUAUACCACGAUCGGUUUGAUGGUAUAAUUGAGUGGAAAAGAGGCUGCUUGGGCAGUAGUGAACUGAAAAAUUGCGUUCACAGCUAAGAGCAGAAUUUCUGACUUAAUCUGAAUGGAACUGCAAGAAUUCGCAAAACAUAUAGCUCGAUGAAUGUUAUCCACUUUUUUAGGAGUAUCUGCAAUACAAAACAGUCCGUUUAUAUUCUGAAACCGUGAAUCUCUCUUGUGCCGAUAAAUAGGCCAAAGUUUUGAAGAAUAUCUAAGAGGAGGUAAGCUCGUUAAGAAAUUGGAUAUAUUUUGAAUGAAUAAUAAAACCGUUAUUGAAUUAUAUUUGGCUUUUGGUAAUGAUGUGGAGAAUUAUGCUGAUCUCUGAGGAUGUUAUCCACCUCGGCUUUCAGCCUCGAUAGAUAACAUCCUGCUCGAUCUGCAUUGUUCUCCACAUCCCACUCAGCCUCAUUCAGUAAUUGUUAAUUAUUUUCAUGGUGGAAAUUUAAUAAAGAUCAUUCCACAAAGCGUAUACAAAUCCAAGAAAGACCCAGUCACAAAGACGUCAACUCGCACUUGAGGGAAACAAAUUUAAACCCAAUGUUAACCUAAGCAUAAUUAAUAACAAAGCCAUGCAUUCCGAGUAAUUUAGUCUUAGUUGAGCAAAGGAUCAGCAAGGAAAUCACUUUAAUUUAUAAGGAAAUAAAUCAGAAAAUCUUUUCACAAUAAGUUAAAAAAUGAUUCUGCCUUUCUUUCUGUAUAAUAAAGUACUGAACUGAAAUAUUAACUUUUAACGAAGUUUACAUACAUUUCCUUCAUCUUCAACAUUGGCAACGUCACCUGCUACUGAUUUUCAUGGUGGAAAUUUAAAGUUCAUUCAACAAAGCGUUUACAAGGCCAAGAGAGGGAAAAAAGACUCAAUUACGUACGGAGACGUCAUCUCAUGCGGAAGAAAACUGUCUCGCUCCUUCACUAAUGCAUUUAUAUAAGUGGCUUCAGAGGCUCACUCGGCCUUAAUGCCAUUGUUUCUUUACGGAGCCGCAAUCACCUAAACCCAAUUUUAAAAAGCAUAAAGUGAUACAUCGUCCAAGCAUAAUAACACAGCCAAUAGAAAAAAAUAGUUAAAUUGAAGGAUCAGGAAGAAACUUAUUAUAACCGAGAAACUGUCAGGAAUUACUUUAAAAAACAGGUGCUUUUUGCAUCAUAAGGUUUUCGACUCCCAAGUUCUAAGUUGACGGUAAACAGCAACAAAAAAAGGAAAAGAAAGAGAUGGAAAAAAUGGAAAACCAUGACUCUCUUUCUCUCUAUGUAAGUUCUGUCAUAACUGUUGUGUUUAACAGCAUAACCUGCCCGUUAACAUUUCUGCUUAACGUGCUUGUGAUUAUGGCUGUAAAGCGAACAUCAAGACUUCAGACGAAAGCCAACAUGUUGCUGGCCUGUUUAGCAGUGACUGACGCAUUUACUGGCCUCUUGACACAACCUUUGUUCAUUGUGUGGAAAGCGUUUUAUUUACUCAAGGUACCGAACGAAUACGCUGUUGGAAUUGCUCAUCUCUGUGUUUUACGUGGUUUGACUAUUUGUUCAGCGCUUCAUCUGAUGUUGGUGACUUGCGAGAGACUGAUAGCCAUCAGAUUCACUUAUCAUCACCCUCAUCUUGUCACAGAGCGAAAUAUCAAGGUGGCAGUCAUCAUAUUUUGGCUUAUUUCUACUCCUAAUAUGGUAGUCGGACGCGAAGAUUUUAACAUCUUUGAGAAAUUUCGAUCGGUUUUGAACUUUUUAGCAGUUUUUAUUGUCGUUUCGUGCGUUUUUUUCGUUGUGUUUGCAUACGUUAUUUUGUACCGUGAAGUUCAUCGACAGCGAAAACAUAUAAAAAAUCAACAGCUACCACAGGAAGAGCAACAAAGAAUUGCUAAAGAAAACAAAGCUCUUAAGACAACUGUGUUAGUAGUGGGUGCUGUUCUUGUAUGUUAUGUACCUGUUAUCUUGACAGUCCUGGUGUUUUAUUUGUUUGGACUUGACAAUGGAUCAUGCGUGUAUUGUCCAUGGGUUAAUACCUUUAUAAUGUCCAACUCAUUUAUCAACCCAAUGAUUUACUGUUGGAGGCAGAAAGAGAUGAGACAAUAUGUUCUUAGAUUUUCUUGCACUUCAGUUGUGGAACCCCAGCCUAGUCCCUAG